AUGUCUGGCUGGAGCUCUGAGAUGCUGGAGCUGCGCUUAAUGAAGAACCAAGCAGAAGCAACAACUGCGUCCACUUUGAGUUUUCUGGGCAAUAAGAGCAGCUGUGGUGAGCAACCUCUGCCCUAUGGGAAUCCUGAGAAAGUGCUGAUCGGAGGAGUGCUUAUCAUACUCACUGUUUCCACUAUUUGUGGGAAUUUACUGCUGGUGCUGUCAGUGUGUUUGGUGAAGAAACUCAAGCAGCCCUCUAAUUACCUGGUCGUGUCUUUGGCUGUGGCGGACUUGGCCGUGGCUGUGGCUGUCAUGCCUUUCGUUAGCAUCACUGACCUUAUAGGAGGACACUGGAUCUUUGGUCAGCUCUUCUGCAAUGUUUUCAUCGCCAUGGAUGUGAUGUGCUGUACAGCGUCAAUCCUCACUCUGUGUGUGAUCAGUAUAGACAGGUAUCUUGGCAUAUCGAAGCCGCUGACCUAUCCUGUGAGGCGAAGUGGAAAGCGUAUGGCAAAAAUAGUGUUGUUUGUAUGGCUGCUUUCUGCCUCCAUCACGUUGCCCCCGUUGUUUGGCUGGGCUCAGAAUGUCAACGAUGAUAAUGUGUGCCUGAUCAGCCAGGACCUGGGCUACACCAUUUAUUCCACCUCUGUGGCCUUCUACAUCCCCAUGUGUGUGAUGCUGAUCAUGUACUACCGGAUAUACCGAGCUGUCAAAAUCAGUGUGGCCAAGCACGCCAUCACAUUCCCCCCGAGAGCUGACGAUGGUGUGACUUAUGUGUCCGCUGUGCUGAAACUGCAGAGGGAGGUGAAGGAGCGCGCUAGCUUUGUACAGCUCCUGAGGAAUGAACGCAGGAACGUGUUCAUGUUCAAGCAUGAGCAGAAGGCAGCAACCACAUUGGGCGUUAUGCUAGGAGCGUUCAGUGUGUGCUGGCUGCCUUUCUUUCUGCUCUCCACGGUGCGGCCCUUUAUCUGUGGCGUGCGCUGCAGUUGCGUGCCCUUGUGGGUGGAGAGGACCCUGCUGUGGCUGGGCUAUGCCAACUCUCUCAUUAACCCCUUUAUAAACACCUUCUUCAACCGAGACCUCAGGACCACCUACCAGAACCUCAUUUACAGAUACUUCAACCGCAAGCUCUCAGCAGCUAGCAUGCAUGAAGCACUGAAACUGCGAAACCAGAUGUGAU